CUCGAAUGCAUUUCUCUCAUUGCCGUCCUUGUUGAUGGCCUCCGCCUCAUGUCGAGUGAACUGUCUAAUGCCCUCAAUCCUAAUGUUGUCACCACACGCCGCCCACGGCCCACUCCCAAUGGUGCGGAGAACGCCGCUCCAGUCGUCGAGCAACCACUUCCGCCACCGAGGCCGUUCGUUCCGCAUCGCAGUGAGCUAGAGCUCGCCAUUUCUGAACCGCCUCCACGAUCGGUCGCUGUACCGGCUCGUAAUUCAGGUGCCUCGACCUCUCGUCAAGCUACCGCGGUUCAAGAACUGCUUCGGGUCCUGUCAAGCUCAAAGGAGGCUGCUGAACUUGAGAGGAAGCGAAGACAAGCAUGGGAGGAGGAGCAAGAAGCGAGAUUCAUCCAGCGGCAGGCAGAGAUGGAGCGACAAAUGCUGGAGAUGCGUCAAGAGUUGUCUCAGCUGAAGAGUCACACCCUUGUUCAGUCGCCUGGUCCAAGCCCUGUUGGGGCAUCGCCUACUACAGCGAAUUCCGUACCAAUUGGAGACGGGAAUACUGUCUCUCCAGUACCGGUCCUGGCUCCUGCGUUCUAUUCGGCAUCCCUUCCACAUGCUUCACCGAUGGCACAAACGACCGUAUCCCCUGCUGGACUACCGUCGAUACACCAUCUACCCACGCUCUUGACACCACCUGCAGAGUCACCCCAUGUUGUUGCCCCUGCUAUGCAUGCGCAAGCCAUACCUCGGUCAGAAGCAAACUCGACUGCCAGUAGCCCACGGCCAGACCUUCGCUCUCCAUCUCUGUCGAAUGCUCUGAUCACGCCUGAACAUACACCGAGAUUGUUGGCCGUCCAGCCCAGGCCGCUAUCUGCUAGUGCAGCGUCGCGUCACACCCCCGCAUUUGUGGAGGGAUCGUCAUCUCAGCCGUAUGAUACUCCUAGCUAUUCCCCCAUUACAACCUUCAUCGACGGUGGGAAUGCAGGAUAUGCAUCUCCAGCGCCAGCUCAUGACUCGCUGAGCCCUCCGUUGGAGAGGAGGGAAUCCGUGACAUCCCCUUCAUCAGCGCUAGGGAAGAGGCGCACUCUUCACUAUUCGAGCAGUGAAGAUAGCGACGACUCAGCUGACGAGGAUGCUCGCGGGUCGAGCAGUGGUCAGCCACGAAAGCGAGUGAAUGGCCACGACAAGCGUUGCUUGACUAUCCAACACGCAAUGCGCGCACAUAUUUUACGACUUAUGCAAGUGCCCGAUGACAAGAACCUGCCUGACAGUCAUGUUGAAGGUGAACCUCUGUCGACGGACGAGCCUGUCCGCUUCAUAUGGGAGAAGACCUCGAAGCAAUCUUCGCAUAACGCUGCAAUGAAGAGACGCAUCAUAGUUGACCUCCAGGCAAAACGUGCGAAGUAUAAGCGAGUCCCAGAGAAGGAAUUUUCUCGCAAGAGCCUGGAGAGUGUGUUUGACCAAGCGUUCACGACGAUGCGCCAGAAGUUCAGAGCGCAGCGGGAUACUACAGCUGCGUUGCAACUGAAACGGCGCGAGGAUCAGAAGUCUCUGAAGGCCAGAAGAUCCGGCAGGAAGAAACUGAAACUGGCUAAUCGCGUCGGGUCGCGCAAAAGACUGGAAGUCUUCUCACACCCGGCAUUCGACGGUGCCUUACAGCAGGACUGUAUGUCGUCGGAGGAAUCAUGCGACGACGACGACGGACUUCAAACGAAACACAAAGUACUGCGGAUCCGCGGCCUUCCGUGGAGAAGCCUUCGUCUGCAGCGUUUUUAUGCACUGCUGGACGAGGAAGACCAGGCGGACAAGAGUAGCAAACCUAAGCGCGGGAUUGGACGCAAGGAGCGUCACGUAGGCCCGGACAAGGACCCCCACAUCUUACCGCCCAUGGGUGUCUCGAGGUGGAUGAUUAGCAAACGUUGGAUUCGGCACCUGCAGUGUACGCGCGCCGACCUCGCACAGGCGGUUAUGACUGUCGUCAGCGUGUCUGACGGAGUCGACUGGAACGAGUGUGCCAUCUUGGGCGCCGAAAGCGAUGAUGACGCCGACUUGCAGGAUGUGCUACGUUUAGACCGACAUAUACCUGUCUCGGAGACGAGUUCGCUGCAGCACGCUCUUACCCCUUCGUCGUAAAGCCCAAUUACUGAACGUUCGAACACUGUCUGCUUUCGGUUGCAAUGCUCUGCGCUGUGGAUUAUACUACUCAUGUAUUUCAUCGCAUUGUUGACAUUCAUGUUGGGGUCAUAUUGUUGCGACACGCACGUACAUACUUACUGGCAAUACGCGAGUGAUUGCAGAUGUUGAAA